AUCUGCAGCAAAUAAGUCUCACUCAGCAGCUUGGGCUCAACAAAUAACUAGACAUCAGUGCUCCCACUGGCACACUACAUCCUUCCACAGGAAAGGAAAAGGAGUUGCUUGGAAAGAUAAUGUUAUUCACGUCCCACACUGGCAGUGUUCUGCAGAGAAUGAUCACACUCCUUUGACUUUAAUGGGCUUGAUUUGUUGAUUUACGACCAAAAACUUUUCCUUCCUUAAGACUUACUGUGCCUACAGAAGACGAGAACAACCUUUUAAAAUGUGGCACACGAGAAAACUGCUUUUUGUUGCAAUCAUUUUUACAGCACUCUACGACAAAGUGACUGCACAAUUACUGGACAUGGCCCCCAAUUCUGGAGACUUCCAGUACAAAGCAUGUCGUGAAGAGGUUUUGAAGAAGAUUAUCGAUUCAGGUCUGUUGAGACAAGAGCUACAACAAAGUCAGAGUUUCCAAAAAGCAUGGAAUAAAAGUAGCACUUGUUCAGAGCUGAUCCCUGGAGGAACAAAAGAACACACCACUGCACUUCUGACGUAUCUCAAGGCGGAUGAAUAUUUUAUUACAGAGUUUAAGCAAGCAAUAGAAACAAACGGUGCAAACGAGAGCACCUAUGAAAACAACUUCCAUUUCAAGUCUCUGCACUUCUUAAUCAUGGAUUCACUGAUGCUGCUUAAACCAAAGGAGUGCAAGACUGUGUAUCUUUCCCUAGACGGACGGAAAAAACUCCCAUUAGGCUCAGAGAAGAGACUUAGAGGAUUCACCAAAGCUUUCUUAAGUUAUAGGGAUAUGAUAAAAUAUGACGAUACUUAUGAUAGGAGCCUUUUUAAUGUCACUUCUUGUUUUUUUGCCAACCUGGGAAAGAACAUUUGUGCCCGAGAGGAUGUGGCACUCUUAUCUCAAGCUGAAGUGUUCACUGUGAAGAAUGUUAAUGAAAUAAUGACAGAUGAUGACGAGCACACUGCGAUCGUUUUGGAGAGCGCUGGUGAGCGAAGCACGGACAUCUGUCACAUUUUUUCACGUUCCCCAGCAGAUGUCUCCACCCAGUGGCUUGUGUUGAUGCUCGUGGCUUUAUCUCUUUUUGUCUUUAACUGCUGAGCAAAAAUAACUGAGAGGUCAUUACAGCACAAAAAACGAGUUUGUUUACAGUUGAACGUUCAAGUGUUUUGCUGUGAUGUCUGCCGAAAUGCUGCAAAAAUAUUUUAUCACAUAGACAAAAUCUGUUUUUCUUUUCUUUUUUAAAGCAUACCAGCAACAAUAUAUAGGUAAACCUUUAUUCGAAUAGUCCUAGUACUUGUUUCGCUUUAUCUAUUUAUCUUUGGAUAAUAUUUGACAAUUCAUGAAUAUAAACCAACAAAGAUGUUUCUCUGUGCCUAAACCUAACCAGACUUUUACCACAGUGGUUGUUGAAUGUUACUAACAUGUUCAAAGUGUUAAUGUUAAGUUGUGCCUUUAUUGUAGUGUACAGUGGAGAGAUGACAGGAAAUGUAGAAAGAAGUAGAGAAAGAGGGAACAGGAGGAGUGACGUAAGUUCAGACGAGAACUGAGUACAUGAGUGCGUGCAGUUCAUGGAUGUCACCUUAAGGGCAACACGGUGCCCCAAAAAAAAGCAAUUUCAGAUCAUUAAUAUCAGCUUUUGAGAUGUAUGAGCUUUGAAAUAUGUAAACAAAUAAACAGCUUGAACUGCC